UUUAAUAAUUUUAUCCAAUUUUUUAAUGCUACUUUUUAUGUCAAUAAGUUAAAUAGUAUUGCAUGUUUAAGGAAGCACACAUUCGUGUUAAAAAUUUAAUUACAGCCAAAGUAUUACAUAUUUAUUACGUGAUAAAUCACGUUAUUAUAGUGUACACGAAAAAAAGGAAAACUAAAUUAAGGCUUAGUGUAUAUCUAACCUUCAAGAUCGAUCGACUUCAAAGGCGUUCACUUACGUUUACAUUGAGGAUCAAACUUUGUUAUGGCAACAAUAACUCGAACUGUCAAACGUCAUUCGCCGAAGUUCGAUACCGGAGUGAUGUAGAUCUACUCGUUCGCCGAUGACAUAGGAUGAGAUCGCGUCGUGUGCCGUAAUAAUAAUGCGCCUCAGAUUCGUCAGGGCAGUCCUGGUGCUCGCGUUGUUGGGUAAUAUCAUCGUCUGGCACAGGAUAUGGCGGCUGUUCGCGGCGCAAAACACCUUGGGCCUAUUGACGCCGAGUGUCGGGACGAACGAACCCCCGCAGAAGCUUCACCGACGCUUGGCUCGCCUAGUCACUAUUGUCAUCAGGCAGUUCGAGAAUUUUGAGAACGAUGUGGCGUCCAUGGUGGAGUCAGUUUUGAAUUCCUUCCCGGAGAUACCCGUCCUGAUAGUAUGCGAUGAAGUGCCAUAUCCACCAUUGGAGUUGGACUUCGCCAAUGAGAGUAUGAAGAAUGUUAAGCUGAUCAGUUUACGACCAGAAUUCAAUAAGUCCUUCGAUGAGAGGAAUCCUCUCUUCUAUAUACGCACCAAGUUUGUUCUGUUUAUGCCAGAUGCGACAAGAUUGUCGACUAAGCAAGUUAUACAGGAGACUGUCUCGCAAGUGUCAAAUUUAGGAGUAGUUAUUGUACCAGUGGGGAAGGUUGCCUUGCAUUGUCUCGAGUUAGAUUUAAGAGUGAAAGAAUGGAGUUUGAGGAUAACACGGAUUACAGGGACAGAAUGUGAUAGUGUAACGGGCAAGCAUGUAACUGUGCUUGAAGCAAAAAUUUUAAGGAGACUGUCGGAUCCAUUUCUAUUACCCUUGAUGGAUGCUUUAUACAUUCAGAUGGCAGCCAUUGGUGCUAAGAUACACAUAUUGAAAAACUAUCAAUUCAACGAGGGAAAGCCAUUAUAUAGAAACCAACAAGCCCAAUCUAAGGUGCAGCAGUUGUAUCGCACGCGAGAGCGAUUGAUGUUUGAGAAACUAGGAAUAAAGAAGGUCACAAGGACUUCUGGUUCCAUAGAGUGGUAUGGUUGCUCACGGGAAACCGCAAGGUGCUUCGGUUCCGUGAUAAACGGCGUGCCAUCGUAUCUCUAUUUGCGUCGAUACACACCCCCUUGUUGCCUGGCUGGAUUGAGGAAAGUCGCCCAUCAUGUUAUCGACAAACUGGAGGAAGUUGGUAUACGAUUUUGGUUGGAAGGUCAGUCGUUGCUUGGAGGAAUGAGACACGGUGAUAUUUUACCGUGGGAUCAUGAAGUACAAAUCGGACUGAACCGUGACGAUCUGACGAGAUCGCCGUGGCUAGUCAGGGCCAGGAGUAAACCGGUUGUCGACGACGACGGUUUUAUUUGGGAGAAGGCGACGGAGGGCGAGUUCUUCAAGGUACAGUACUCCAGGGUUAAUCGUUUACACGUGAACCUGCUGCCAUUCUACGCGCGCAAUGGAUCCAUGAUGAAGGACGCGUGGUUUCUGAAGAACCGGGACUUUCCGGAGCACUUUCUCCAUCCGAUGUCGAGCAUCGAGUUCGCCGGUAGACAAGUGCCAUGUCCAAAUAACAUUAGGGACUUUUUAGAGCUUAAAUAUUUUAAAGGUGUGAUAGAGAAUCCAGAAUUACCUGGUAAAUUUGUUUUCGAUUAAUUCGUUUUCGAAUAAUUGCGCGAAUUAUUCGCGGUAGUGUAUGGCAAUAUUUUUUGCUUCAUUUUAUCAAGAAACUGGUACUUAUUGCGGCUAAGUCGCAUUUAUUGUUACUAUCGAAUUGAUAAUUAUAUCAAUUAUGCAUGUAUCUAAUGAUACUAGAAUUAUCUACGCAUGAAGAAAUGUUAAGAUCUGAAUAAAAAUUGCAACUCGACAUUCUUGCAAUGUCUUCCUUUUAAGGAAA